ACAGGACCCUCCAUCUAAGACACUAUGGCUCUGACCCCAGAGUUAAGCAAAAAGACCCACCUGAAAGAGGUGGCAGGGAUCCCCCUGCAGGUUGCAACUGUAGACAACUGGAGGCAGAUCCAGAGCUUUGAGGCCAAGCCAGAUGAUCUCCUCAUCUGUACCUACCCUAAAUCAGGUACAACAUGGAUUCAGGAAAUUGUGGACAUGAUUGAACAGAAUGGGGACAUGGAGAAGUGCCGGCGAACCAUCAUUCAACACCGCCAUCCUUUCAUUGAGUGGGCACGGCCACCCCAGCCCUCUGGUGUGGACAAAGCCAAUGCAAUGCCUGCUCCAAGGAUACUAAGGACUCACCUUCCCACUCAUUUGCUGCCACCAUCUUUCUGGGAAAACAACUGCAAGUUCCUUUAUGUAGCUCGAAAUGCCAAAGACUGUAUGGUUUCCUACUACCAUUUCCAAAGGAUGAAUCAAGUACUCCCUGAUCCUGGUACCUGGGAAGAAUAUUUUGAAACCUUCAUCAAUGGAAAAGUGGGUUGGGGAUCCUGGUUUGAGCAUGUGAAAGGAUGGUGGGAGAUGAGAGACAGGUACCAGAUUCUCUUUCUCUUCUAUGAGGACAUAAAGAGGGACCCAAAGCAUGAAAUUCAGAAGGUGAUUAAGUUCAUGGGAAAGAAUUUGGAUGAAAUGGUGCUGGAUAAAAUUGUCCAGGAGACAUCUUUUGAGAAAAUGAAAGAAAAUCCCAUGACAAACCGUUCUACAGUCCCCAAAUCUAUCCUGGACCAGUCCAUUUCCCCCUUCAUGAGAAAAGGAACAGUGGGUGAUUGGAAAAACUACUUCACUGUUGCCCAGAAUGAGAAGUUUGAUGAAAUCUAUAGGAGAAAGAUGGAAGGAACCUCCAUAAACUUCUGCAUGGAACUCUGAGCA